AUUCAUUUUACUUGGCGCUGAUUUUUCCCCAAAUUUCCCCCCUAAAACCCAAAAACGAAAAAAUCCCAAAAUUCCCCCUAAAAUGGAGGCACCAAAGACGAUUCAUCUUCUUUGAUGAGAGUAGCAGUGUGAGGAAUGGGAAUUCAUCUUCUCAUUUGUUGAAACCUAAAUCCGGAGAGAUAUUGAAUUUUGGUGAGAGUAAGAGAAGUGGGAAUUGGAAUUUGUUCACAGGAAACUCUCCGUUCUUCGUGGAGAACAAGAAGAGGCCGCCUAAUUCAAGAGGGAGCGAAGAAGCUAUGCUUUCGUUUACUUCAGGUGUAAUUUUACCUUCAUCUGGUGUGGUGAAAUCAAGUGGGAAAUGUAGGAAAAAAGUAGUUGAAAGUUUUGGGUUUUGCUUCGUUGAUUUUCUUUUUGUUUCACAUUUUCCUAUUGACCAAACAAAGGGUAAAGAUAGAAUGUUAUUUUCCUCAUUUUUCUUUUUUGUUUUCUUUUUGUUUUGUUCUACAAUUUUCAAGUUAUUCUUGGGUCUCAUAGUUUUCUACUUUUACUCUUUUACUAAGAUUAAAUGCCAUCAGGAUUAUUGUUUCCUCUAAUAGAUCUAGCAUAUCGAUUUGAUUAAUGCUUUUUUGUUUUAGCUCUUGAGAAGUUGUUAAAAGAUCAUACUGGAAAAUAUGCUAUUGGAGAUGAAGUUUCCAUGGUAGAUCUGUUUCUAGCACCACAGAUUCUGGCUGGGAUUGAACAAUUCAAUGUUGACAUGGAAACAAGAAGAGCCUGGUUGAUGCUAUUGAGAAAGGGAUUGAUCUACGCAAACAAAUACUAGAACUGUAUAAUGAUUAUUACCAUGGCGGACUGAUGAAGUUAGUGGUAAUUGGUGGUGAGUCUUUGGAUGUACUUCAGCACUGGGUUGUUGAAUUAUUUUCUGACGUCAGACAAGGUUCUCAAGGAAAGCCAGAGUUUAAGGUGGAAGGUCCUGUCUGGAGAGCUGGUAAACUUUACAGGUUAGAGGCAGUUAAGGAUGUCCAUAUCCUUGAAUUAAGGUGGGCACUGCCUUGUCUUUUGCAAGCGUAUCUGCAGAAACCAGAAGAUUAUCUGGCUCAUCUUCUUGGCCAUGAAGUGAGCGAUGAACUAUGGGAUGAGGUGAUAGAGUUAAUGAAAUUUCGGGUGGUGGACAAGGUUCUGUUAAUUCGUACGCUUGCAGUCCGGGCGCUUUCACGAUUUGUAAAUGAUUCUGAAAAUAACGACAUUCUUGAUUUAUUUCUCGAAGUCCUUCCAUUGGAGCAGAACUCGAUUUCAGAAUUGAGAUGGAUUUCCAGCUUGGAGGAUGUAUAGAGCCUGGAGAAGGUUAUGAUAAAUAAUGUGCUUGUUGUUGCACUUAUAUUAAAUAUUGUACCCUUUUUCGCGAAAUUGUUGUAUUCUGAAAUAUCUUUAAGAUUAAGGAACUAUACUAAAUGAGGUCACAAAACUUAUGUAAUUCUAAUAUAGAAUGUAAACAAUUUUCUUAUGUAAUUCUAAUAUAGAAUGUAUCUCGUUUUAAUUUUCUUAA